GCUUCCGAAGAGCCGUGUCGUCUCCAGCGCAACCGAACCAUUGAUCUCAACCACGAGCACCGUCCACAACAAAGCCUCUUCGUCGACAACUCGGCGUAGGCCACAAUCACGCCGACCCUGAGUAGCCUUGCUGGGGAAGAGCGGACCUCCCGCAUCAACAGCAAUGGGUGCCACCAUCGAGGCCAUGAAGGCCUUGAUAGUACCCGCGGUCAUAGCCCUCAUCCUCUUCCUCCUCACGACCUACGUCGCCCUGCCUUUAUGGCGCCACUACCAGCUUCGUUACAGCCAAUACAUACCCGUAAAUACAAUAUCAGAUCGCACGAGCUCUGCCAGAAUCCGGGUGCAGGCUUUCAUGGCUCGGUGGCUCGUUCCUUCGAACUGGCGCAGGACGCGGGUGGAGAGAGGCGGCAAUGCCGAUGACGAUGACGACGAUGGUCUCUCCGAAGACCUGGACUUUCUUUCGGCAGAUGGCGAGGAGCUGGGCAGAGUGUAUGCGGGCGCGGAUGAUACAGCAGCUCGCAGGCAUGCGCUGUCUUUGGAUGCGCAAUACGUCAACCGGGUGGACAGCACGAGCCGGUUGAGCAGAGAUUUGGAACAGGGUUUUCGAGACGACAGCGACGAUGAUGACGACGAGGGGGACCCGCGACAAAGACGAUGAGUUUUGAUGUUUCUCAGCAUUGCAUUGUUGGACAGGAUUUACUGUCAGCGGCUGGAUGCGCGCCCGCGACAGCGAAUACGGCUGUAUUUAGAGCAGACGAAUACAACACCUCGACUACUUUCUCAGCCUAUAGUACAAACACGUGGUGAUAUUGCGACUCGGGGCACAGUUGGGUCGCACAGAAAACACUAUGUGAAGCCGAUUCGGUUAUAGCUGUAAUAGUCUGGUGGGUGUUGAAGGUGCACAUAAUCCAAUACUGCCGUGGUGGACAGUGAGCCGACUUCAAGUGCCUGCCGUGUCCCACGCCUCGACCUAAGUUGAAAGGGUGGUUGCAUGGGUUCCAGGUUAUCGUUAAAAGCUGAGAGUGCCGGGAGUAGGACAUGGGACCUAAUCACUGAAGUUUCAAGUCGCAACAUGUGGAUGAUGCCGGCCACCCUGCCAGGUCAGCAGACCCCUC